CACUGGUAGUGUGCAUAAAAUAAAAGGCAGAGGGCAAUUUAACCAACAAUAAUAAAAAUAAACAGCCGACCGACCGAUAACUCAGUCCCAAAAUAAGGCGCACCUAGUAUAGAGGAGCAGACGAACAAGGCGGCUGUGCGGGACAGAGAUCCUUCUUACCGGAGCGGCGUGGAUUGGAGUGCAGUGCAGUGCUGCUGAGCGUGACAAUGGGCGCCUGUGUGUGUCGCAUGAACCCCGACAACGAGACGAUGAGCGUCUCCUCGGCGAGCAUCUCGCGUCCGGCCAGCGCAGGCAUUGCCAUGGGUGCUGCGCGCAAGAACCGACCGCUCUGCCACGAGACCAUCCGGUGGCGAUCCGACGUGCCACUGACCGAGGGUCAACUGAGGUCCAAGCGGGACGAGUUCUGGGAUACUGCGCCCGCCUUCGACGGCCGAAAGGAGAUCUGGGAUGCGCUGCGGGCGGCCACUACCGCGGCCGAGGGUCUUGACUUCCAGAUGGCCCAGGCCAUCCUGGACGGGGCUAACGUAUCGGUUCCGAAUGGCUACCUUACAGAAUGCUACGAUGAGCUGGGCACCCAGUACAAAGUGCCGAUUUACUGUCUGUCAUAUCCCAUUAAUAUCGUAAAGGAGGAGAAUGGGCGCGACUCGCCUGCCGAAUACUCUGAGCCCGUGGAUGGUGGCACCGAGAUCUUUUUGAAGCUGCGCAUAUCAUCGACCAUGACGGAUGUUAAACUUCCGGUUUACUCCAAGGACACCGUAGGGCAGUGCAAGAAAAAGCUUCAGGCCGCCGAGGGUGUCGACGCCUGCUGUCAGCGAUGGUUCUACAGCGGCAAGCUGCUGGGCGACAAGGUGCCAAUCGACGAGUGCAGCAUACACCCGGGAUAUGUGGUGCAGGUGAUUGUCAACACGGAGCACUACAACCACGACAACAGCACGAGUACAGCGCACGCCAGCUAGCGGCGCAGUCUACUCCCACUAGUCAACCGCAUCAGCAAGGAGCCACGGCAGCAGCCGCAGGAUCAGCAUCAUCAGCAGCAGCAACUUUUGGCCAAUACGGGCAACGGCAUCCGGAGGAGGACGAUUGUCAUAUACUCAGUUCAUGGCUCAAGGAACCAUAAGGGGAAUGUACAGAAAACAACAGAGCAUCAACGGGUACAAUAGCAACAGCAUACUCAUAGCAUUUAUCAAAACAAGCAACAAUUGCAAAUUGUGUGGCCCUGUCUGCCUUGUUGCUGUUGCUUUUGUUGUGGCUGCUCGUCUUGUUACGCUUUGUUUAAUAUGUCUAUAUAUAAAUUGUAAAACAAAAGAUGGAAACUGAGUCG